GCCAGUAGUUCUGUGGGGACCGUCGAGAAUACACCAUAAGCCAUGGGGCUGGAGAAGCGUACUAUCAAGAUCAUUGUCAUUGUAGCAGUCGUUGUGCUGGUCAUAGGAGGUAUUAUUGGACUUCUGCUUGGCCUUUUACUGCCUCAGCGCUAUGUCGAGCUAGAAGUAUGGCCUCGUUCCGAGGAGUACACGUGGGACCAGCCGCUGAUCCAGGUGAGAGGCAGCGACCCUGGCAGCUGGCAUAACUGGUACCGACGGCUCAAUGACUUCCUCAGGGUUUACGAGACCUCGAUUCCUGAGGAGCCGCCCCGCGCACCAUGUUCAGUCCACAACCGUCGCGACCAGCACCUUCGCUCAGACCAGUGUGAUAUGGCCAUGAGGCUGUGGGCCCCAUGCACUGCUGACGAGUUCUACGGGUACGCUAGGGGCAAGCCUUGCAUCUUCCUCAGGCUAUCUCAUAUCCACUACUGGGUGCCUGAGCCGUACAACAUGACGUCAUCGUUGCCCAUCCCCCCUGAUAUGCCACCUCAUAUCAGAGAAGCUAUGCGUCUUCGCCCCGCUCACCAAUAUGGCGACUUCAUCUGGGUAACUUGCGAUGGUGAAUUCAGCGCCGACAAGGAGAACAUCGGUCCUAUCCAGUACAUCCCAGCGGAGUACCCACCAGGGUUUCCCCUCAGCCGGCUGCAUACCGCCGACCGCAUCCCCUACUCCGCCAGGAAUAUGCCUGAUCAGGUUCCAGGACCACUGGUGGCUGUGUACUUUGAGAAUCCACGACGUGGAGUGGUGAUCAACGUGGAGUGUCGCAUCUGGACCCGCGACAUCUUCUAUGACCCCAAGAGUCGCUACGGACGCGCCCGGUUUGAGUUAUUCGUUGAAUAACUUCACUAGUAAUGCCUAUUUUUUUUUUUAUUCUAACAAGAACUGGCCUACAUUAUUUUCUUAUUUUUCUUUUAACAUGGCUUCUUGCCAAUGCUACUGACUGAAAUUUGAAUGGAUACCACUAUAUGUAGUAUACCACUUUCAGAAAAUUAGUAGGAUCCAUAACUUACGCUGCAUACGUAGGAUGUCAACAAAUACUAAGUACCUUUUGAUUUGUAAUCUAAAUAUAAUAUAUAGGUAUUAUUUUAUACUUUUAGUUUUUAUAAAUUACUAAGAUUUUUUUAAUGGUUAGUAAUUAAUUUAUUAGCAAUAACUGCUGAAGGUAAUUAUGAUUAUGAUUCAUUUAGAAUUAAUUAAACUUUUUCAUACUGCUUUUGUAAUAAAAUGAAUGGAUGUUAGAUGCUAGAUUAGAUGUUUGUUAUUAAAUAUCUACAAAUGCUGCCGUUUAUGUUAGAUUCUAAGAAUACCUAGUUGAUAAGAAUAGAAAAGAUCAAUUAUUUGGAAUUAAUUACUUUAAAUCUAAAAUACAAUUAGGUUUGGUACCUAAUACAUCCCUACUUUAUAAAAAUACUUUAUCAAAUAAAAAUUACCUAAGUAACGUGCUUAAGUAUAACAUUUCUUGCUUUUUAAGGGUACCUACAAUUGAAAUACUUAUAGCAUUUCAAUAAUAUGGCAUUAUUAAGAUAUAAGUAUUGUACCUACUAGGUAACAUCUGCCUGUAUGCUGAAUCAAAUCAAAGUGUACCUUAUAAAAUUGUUAAAAAAAAUCGAUUAUAAAGUAUUAUUAUUCUAGUUAGAGAUCUUAUUUAUGAACCUUUUCAAAAAAUAUUAAACAUUUAAGUAAAUCUACCUCUUUACCUGUUCAAAAAAAAACUACCAAACAUUAUUUUGUAGAUAUGUCUAAUUAAAUAAUUCUUCUUCCUAUUCUGCCUUCCUAAAUAAACAUUCCUAAUGUACAGUCGGGCACAUUAAUAUACCUUUUCAUAAUUUUUAAUGGAGGCCUUUGAUACCUAUUUCAGUAGAAUAUACUUACCUAAAUACGACUCGAGCAUUAAUGACCAUGACUGUACCUACUUUCAUCUAUUAGAAUAAGAUCUGUCUAAUAUUAUAUUAAUUCAUCAAAUUAUAUUUUAAAUGUUUUAUUAGUUGUUGUAAAUAUUUACUUGAUGUGUUAUGUGAUGAUAAUUCCGGUGUUUCUAGUUAAAGUUCAGAUAUUUGUGUAUGUGAAUUGAAUAUUGUGAAUAAAAUACCUACCCGUUUGAAAAU